GUAGGCUGGAUACAGAUCUAUCCGCCGCCGCGACAAUGACGACACAAAAGACAGUAGACUCGCGUAUUCCGACGCUCAUCCGCAAUGGCCUCCAGGAGAAGAAGCGCAGCUUCUUCGUCGUGGUCGGCGACCGCUCCAAGGAUGCCAUUGUGCACCUCUACUACAUCAUGUCCAGCAUGGACGUAAAACACAACAAGUCGGUGCUCUGGGCCUACAAAAGCAAGCUCCUCGGCUUCACCAGCCACCGCAAGAAGCGCGAGGCCAAGAUCAAGAAGGAGAUCAAGCGCGGCAUCCGCGAGCCCAACUCCGAAGACCCCUUCGAGCUCUUCUUGUCGCUCCACGACAUCCGCUAUGUCUACUACAAGGAGACCGACAAGAUCCUGGGUAACACCUACGGCAUGUGUAUCCUCCAAGACUUCGAGGCCAUCACCCCCAACAUUCUUGCGCGAACCAUCGAGACGGUCGAAGGUGGGGGCCUAGUCCUGCUCCUGCUGAAGGGCAUGAACAGUCUGAAGCAGCUCUACACCCUGACGAUGGACGUCCACUCGCGCUAUCGAACCGAGGCCCACGACGACGUUGUUGCGAGGUUCAACGAGCGCUUCAUCCUGUCUCUUGGCAGCUGCGAAUCAUGUCUUGUCAUAGAUGACGAGCUCAACGUCCUGCCCAUAUCGGGCGGCAAGGGGGUGAAGCCGCUGCCGCCGCCCGACGAGGACGAGCCGGCGAGCGCGGCAGCGCAGGAGUUGGAGAAGAUAAAAGAUUCGCUCCAGGACACCCAGCCACUUGGAUCUCUUGUCAAGUUGGCGCGCACGACAGACCAAGCGAAGGCCUUGCUCACGUUUGUGGACGCGAUCGCCGAGAAGACGCUCCGCAACACCGUCACGCUGACCGCAGCGCGUGGUCGAGGCAAAUCAGCAGCCAUGGGUGUCGCCAUUGCGGCUGCGAUCGCUUAUGGGUAUAGCAACAUCUUCAUCACCUCGCCGUCGCCCGAAAACUUGAAGACGCUCUUCCAGUUUGUGUUCAAGGGCUUCGAUGCGCUCGACUACAAAGACCACGCCGACUACUCCAUCAUCCAAUCCACCAAUCCUGAUUUCAACAAAGCCAUCGUGCGAGUGAACGUCCACAGGAACCACCGACAGACAAUCCAAUACAUUCGACCGCAGGACAGCCAUGUUCUGGGACAGGCCGAGUUGGUGGUCAUCGAUGAAGCAGCUGCCAUCCCUCUGCCCCUUGUCAAGAAGCUCAUGGGCCCGUAUCUGGUGUUCAUGGCUUCCACCGUCAGCGGCUAUGAAGGCACGGGCCGGUCGCUUUCUUUGAAGCUGAUCAAGCAGCUGAGAGAGCAGUCCAGUGCGGGCGCCAAACCCAACGGGGGCGGUGCGGUCGAGGUGGACCGGUCGAGCGGGAAGGCGGUCAAAGAGUCCAGCGCGGUGGGGGGCAGGUCGCUCAAGGAGAUCACUCUCUCGGAGCCUAUCCGUUAUGCUCAGGGGGACAAGGUGGAGAAGUGGCUCAAUAUGUUGCUCUGCCUAGACGCGACACUGCCCAAGUCCAAGCUCAACAUGCAGGGCUGCCCAGAUCCGUCGCAGUGCGAGCUGCUGCACGUGAAUCGCGACACCCUCUUCUCGUUCCACCCCGUGUCGGAAAAGUUCCUGCAGCAAUUGGUCGCGCUCUACGUGGCCAGCCAUUACAAGAACUCGCCGAACGACCUGCAGCUUAUGAGCGAUGCACCGGCACACGAGCUCUUUGUCCUCACCGGCCCGAUUGCCGAAGGGCGCCUGCCUGAGCCGCUGUGUGUGAUCCAGGUGUCAUUGGAGGGCAAGAUCAGCAAGCAGAGCAUCCUCAACAGCUUGAGCAGAGGCCGGCAGCCCGCGGGCGACCUGAUCCCGUGGCUGGUCAGCCAACAGUUCCAGGACGACGAGUUUGCGUCGCUUUCGGGGGCGCGCGUGGUCCGGAUCGCCACGAAUCCGGACUACAUGUCCAUGGGCUACGGUUCCAAAGCGCUUCAGCUCCUUGUCGAGUACUACGAGGGCAAGUUCGCGGACCUGUCGGAGGAUGGAGCCAGCAGCAUGGUGCCGCGGUCCGCUCCUAGGGUAACAGACGAAGAACUGGCGAAGGCCAGCCUGUUUGACGACAUCAAGGUCCGCGACAUGAGCGAGCUGCCGCCGCUUUUUGCCAAGCUGGCGGAGCGUCGCCCGGAGAAGCUCGAUUACGUGGGUGUCAGCUACGGCUUGACACAACCGCUGCACAAGUUCUGGAUGCGGGCCUCGUUUGCUCCAGUCUACUUGAGACAAACCGCGAACGACCUGACGGGCGAACAUACGUGCGUGAUGAUACGGCCGCUCCAGGACGGAAACGACCCGAGCUGGCUUGGCGCUUUCGCCAAAGACUUCCACCGCCGCUUCCUGUCCCUUCUGUCGUACAAUUUCCGCCACUUCCCGCCCGUUCUCGCGUUGGCCAUCCACUCGUCGGCCAGCCAGGGUGCUCAGCUCGACCCCUCGACCGAGCCGGCGGAGCUUAGCAAGGCUGACCUGGACGCGCUGCUGACGCCAUUCGAUCACAAGCGGCUUGAGUCGUAUGCCAACGGGCUCCUCGAUUACCACGUCGUCCUGGACCUCAUCCCGACCAUCGCACAGCUGUACUUCACCGGCCGGCUACGGUCGAGCAUCAAGCUGACCCCCGUGCAGCAGGCGAUCCUGCUGGCCAUUGGCCUUCAGCGGAAGGAGGUCGACGCCGUCUCGGAAGAGCUGUCGGUGCAAACGUCGCAGGUCUUAGCCAUGUUCAUCAAGAUCUUGCGCAAGAUCACAUCCCACUUUGCUUCGCUCGUCACGGGGGCCAUCGCCGCCGACAUGCCGGAUCCCAACAAGGUUGGCGUGAGCCGCGAGAACGCGGCGGGGGUGCACGACGACGAGGUGGUCGACGAGAAAUACGUGCCGCUGGAGACCCGGCUCGAGGACGAGCUCGAAGAGGGAGGCGACGAGGCGCUGAGCGAGUUGCGGGCGAAGCAGAGGGAGCUGAUCGACUCGCUCCCGCUGGACCAGUACGAGAUCGAGGGCGACGAUGCGGACUGGGAAGACGCGGAGAAGCGAGUCAGGCAGGCGGCCAAGAGCGGGAAGGCUAACCCGCUCGUGAGCGUCAAGUCGAAGGCGAAGCGCAAGGCAGAGGACGCGGUUGGACAGGACGGCGAAGGGAUAGGUGACAGGGAGCAUUCAAAGUCUAAGAAGGCGAAGCGCAGCGAUAAGCGGAGGUGAACGUGGGCGUUCCUGGGGCUGAGGGUGUGUGCGAUAGAGGAUGUGUACUGUACAUAGGGACUGGUUAGGAUCGUCU